AUGGUGUACACCAUGGAGACUCCAGUGGAGGCCUUCGAACGCCUGCGCCAGGCCCUAAACGUACUCAAGGAUCACCACUACGACCCCUGGAACUGGCAUGAGUAUCUCUCAGACGAGCCAGAGGAGGGUGAAGAGGAAGAGGAGGAGCUUUUCAAGGAUCUGGAGAUGCUGGCGCUCAAGCCGAAGCGGCGCAAGAAUAUCGACAAGCUCAAGGCGCACCUUCUUACGGUCGUUCAGGAGCUGAAUCGCGCGGGCCACGCCGCCGACCUGGCGUACUACUACAUGUCCGUGCAACCCGAGCUCAUGAAGGAGUGUGUCGUCAUCAUGGGCGUGGCUGGGGACAUCGACGAGGACCUCCUCAAUGACAGUGGUGAUGCCUCCCCGGAGAAGAUCAUGGCAGCUUUGCAGGCCAAGCUGGAUGCGGCCCACGAGCGCAUCGAGGAGCUCACGGAUGAGGUGACCGACCUGAAGAAAAGGCUCAAGCAGAAGACGGAGGAAAGCGAGGACAGAUGGGGGCACUGGCAGAGAUCAAAGAUGCAGGGUGAAGAAGCAAUGCAGAGACUCGACGAGACGACGCGGUCCUUGAUGAUGGUCCUGGAAAGAGAGGGUAAGCUUGCGGCUGCCUACAACGACCUCUACGCCCGGCACAACCGGGCGCGGAAGCUGAUGAUCUACAAGGGCACCCACCUGAUGAGAGACAGGUUGUUUCUGCGGAACAAAACCGAAAACCUCUUCUAUGGGUUCCAUGGCUUCUGCGCGGUCCUCCAGCAGGAGAAGGAGGAACGCAUCCGACGAGAGCUCGAAGAGAUGCGUGAUUCCGUUGAGUUUGCACUCCGGAACGAAGUUCGGUGGCUUAUCUCGGAGAACUCGCUCUGCAAUGCUUCUGCAAAGCGUCUGACCGAGGAGACGAAUCGUCUCAAGCUUGACCGCCGGGCACUCGCCAAGAGGCUCCUCUACAAGCAGCGCCCCUACGAGCCAAAUGAGUAUUUGCUCUGGAUUUGGGAAAUGUGGCAGUCUUUGCGCGGGGGCUUGCGUCUGGAGAAAUCCUUGGAGCGGGAGAAGGCCACGGUGGCUGCAGUCAACCAGCAAUUUACCUGGACAUCCCGUCAGAUGGUGCCUCUCAUGGACUUUAUGGAUCAACUUAGGAUGGACGUUGUGAAGGAGCAAAUGCAGGGCGACAUCGUCCGACGCGAACUGGUCGCCGCCAGUGCGAGACAGUUUGCAGCUUUGGCUGACCAGCUGCGCCUGCAGCGUGCGCAGGAGCUGGACAUGCUGCUGCGGCUGAGGGACCUCGAGAACGAGGCCAAGGACGAGCGCAUCGCCGUCUUAGAACGCGAAAUCGCCGAGGACAAGCACAUCCACGCCCUGAAGGGCAUGAUCGUGGACCUCGAGACCAACCUCAGGAGAGCCCUCGACCGGCGAAAGCAGCGCAGUUAUGUCGUGCCGCCGGCCAACGGCCCUCGGUGUGUACAGUGCGGCCGAGAGACCUCCUUUCGUGGUUGGAAGCUGCCCCCGGACGGCCUCACGCGAAGUGCGUCUGAGGUCGACCUCUCCCGCUCUGCGACCUCACCGCUGGCCCCGCGGACGAAGACCUCGUUCCCGGAGCGAAGCCCCAGGACGAAUCGGACGCAGGCCUGGCCCGAGGAGGAGAAGGAGGCGAAGUUUACGGCCGUCUGGCGAUGA